GCAGGAAUGUGUGGAGCAGCUCCUGAAGAACAUGUUUGAUGGAGAACAGACCGAAAAUUGCAUAGUGAACGGAACACAAGUUCUUCUGACGUUGCUGGAGACGAGGCGCUCUGGAGUGGAAGGACUGAUGGACUCAUACACUCAGGGAUUUGAAAGGUCUUACACUGUCAAUAGCAGCAUCUUACAUGGGAUUGAACCAAGGCUAAAGGACUUCCACCAGCUGCUGCUCAGCCCUCCCAAGAAAACAGCAAUCCUGACCACGAUUGGGGUCUUGGAGGAGCCGCUGGGAAACGCUCGUCUUCAUGGAUCUCGUCUGAUAGCUGCUCUGCUUCACACCAACACUCCCAGUAUUAAUCAGGAACUAUGCAGACUCAGUACCAUGAAUUUAUUACUUGACUUAUUUUUUAAAUACACGUGGAAUAACUUUUUGCAUUUCCAAGUGGAAUUGUCCAUAGCAGCUAUUCUCUCUCACUCUGUGCAAGAGGGAAAACCUACUACUAAUGACCUAGAAAGCAAAGAAGAGGUGCUGAAUGGAAACGUGGCCACGGAGAGCUCGGAGACGCCAGAAAACAACACCGAGAAUAUAAUGGUUACUCAUCUGUUCCAGAAGUGCUGCCUGGUGCAAAGGAUCUUGGACGCCUGGGAAGCCAAUGACAAAAUACAGGCAGAGGGAGGGAUGAGGCGAGGCAACAUGGGCCACCUCACGCGGAUAGCCAACGCCGUGGUGCAGAACAUGGAGAAGGGCCCCAUGCAGACCCAGAUCAGUGAGUUCAUUAAAG